AUGGAUCCCACAACCUUGACCUAUCAGGGUGGCGCACUAACCAGGACAGCAGAAACACCCAGGCUGCGCCGGCCCCUGCAGGCUUUGCCUCCUGCAUCAGCUCGGACGCCCGUGUCCUCCUGGUCCGAGGUGCGUGUGAGGGAGCAGCCCUUUCCCGACGCUGUGAAGCUGCCUCGGGACGACCGCGACGCGGCGCCCCAGCCCCAGCCGCAGCCUCCGUGGAUGGAGAUCUCCGAAGACUCCGGGCCCUGGCCGCUGCCCCUCUACCCCGAAUGGGGAGAGUCCGCAGGCCACCCUGACGCUUACCACGGGCAACUGCUUUCCAGUCCUUGCUGGCAGCUGCCCUCGGUCUACGAGCGGUACAGAGUCUUAAGCGGAGCCCAGAGCCCCCGGGAGCCAAGCGCAGCGCAGCCCAGUCCGGGCUUCGGGGCGGGGACUUGGAGGACGCCCCCAGAACCUGCCGGAGCUCCCGAGCCCGCAAAGGACACCGCUUCCCAACAUCUCCCCGUGGCCCUGCCGCCGGAUGGCGAAGACGCAGGGGAGCCCAGCCAGCCCUGUGACAGCGCGCAACCUUCAGAGUGCCGCCCAGCUCGGGGCCCCGCUGGGUGGCGCCCGCCGCCCUUUUCCCGGGGCUGCCUGCAGUGGGUGCGUCGCGCUGUCUGCACUCUGAGGCGCUGGGCGGCUGUCUGUUGCCGGACCUUCUGGGACUAG